AUGCGGCUCAAGUCAGGGAUACAGAUGCCAGACAUGUCGGCCUCGGAGUCAUCCGGCGCCGGCCAGCCUGUGCAGCCGCCACCCUUGGAGGUUGCCUCGGGCGAGUCAGAGGUGAAGGAUGAGGAGCCCAAAGGCGUUGGCCAGAAGCUCGCGAGAUUUUUUGGCAACGUGGGCUAUCGUGUCUUCGACAACAUGAGCUUUGUGGGCGAGGUUCUCGUUGAGUUCCUGGAGUUGGACAAGCAUCCGUAUCAGCGCGAGAUGGACGAAAUGCGCAGGCAGCAACGCCGUCGAAAGGAAGCGCAGCAGCAACAUGAGGCCGAAGCCAUCGCAUCCCUGGAGGAGGCGGCAGGGCCAGAGACAGCUGAGGAUGCUAAAGGCGUCUCAUCCGCGCACGUGGAGUUCUCGGCUGGACGCAUUCCAGAUACGGCGCAGUCAACAACAAACAACACUUCAUUGGCUCCGUCCACGAGCGCAUUGUGGUCGUACGGCGGUAUGGCUCCAUACCUGGGGCGGCUGGCAUAA